AUGACCAGACCCCCGAUACCAGCUUGGUCCAGCGAUCCACACAAUUCUGCUAAAGCAGCAAAUUCCCACAGUAAUAAAAAUUCACUCCCACGUCAGAAUGCAUCUCUGCCGAUCAAUCUAUCGCUAUCAGAAGACGAGAGAAGCCCGAACCGCUCGAGUGCCGAGCUGCACAGUCCCAAUUCUGGCAAAGGCUACACAACCGCAGGGGCGAACAGGGAAAACAGUCCUGCAGAUGAGGGUGCCGAUCCCUUGUACGAAUACUUUCCACUGACUGUGGAUGAUUGGAUGCCGCCUGUAGAUGCUGUUUAUCGGCCUCACGUGGUCCAUCACACUAUCAUGCCACCCGAGAUGAAAGCACAACAGCUCAAGAGCAAGGCCAAGCGGUACUUUGCCUCUGACUGA